UAACAUAAAAAUGACAAAAAAAUAAAUGCAGUUCAAGCAGCACUUAUCAAUCGCCUAACUCUUCCAGCAAACCUAAAUGCUUUGAAGUUCUACAACUGAUUUGUUUCAGUUUGUAGGAUUCAGGAAAAUGGCAGCACUUACUUCAGUCACUCCGCACUCAACUUCAUCGUCUUCAUUAUAUUCUAAUUUCCGGAGGCCCCAAUUGACUACCUCUUCGAUUAUUGCUCCGGGCUGUUCCUGCUUUCUGACAGCAACAUCAGGUAAAGCAUUAAGGCAAAGAUUGACUUACCAAAAUCGCCGGGGCCUGAUUAUCCGAAGUGCAGCAACAAAGCCUGCAAAAUCACCAGCUGAAGAAGAUUGGAAGAUUAAGAGAGAAGUUCUCUUGGAGAACAAGGUAAGAGGUGUGGAUGCAAAGGAAGCUUUUCGCCUUCAAAAAGAGAAUAACUUCGUGAUUCUUGAUGUACGACCUGAAGCGGAAUUUAAAGAGGCUCAUCCGCCAGGUGCUAUUAACGUUCAGAUAUAUAGACUUAUAAAGGAGUGGACAGCGUGGGAUAUUGCUAGGCGCGCUGCAUUUGCAUUGUUUGGCAUCUUUUCUGGCACAGAAGAGAACCCUGAGUUUAUGCAAAGUGUAGAAUCAAAAUUUGACAAGGACGCAAAGAUAAUAGUGGCCUGCACAUCUGGCGGUACAGUGAAGCCAACCCAAAAUCUCCCGGAAGGUCAACAGUCAAGAUCACUCAUAGCAGCCUACUUGCUUGUUCUCAAUGGUUAUAAAAACGUUUUCUACUUAGAAGGGGGCCUUUACACAUGGUUCAAAGAAGGACUGCCAUCAGAAUCUGAAGAUUGAUGCAUCAAUGAUCACAUGGUGCUUCCACAAAAACUCAAGUUUUGUCCCCAUUAAUCAAACUGAUUCUACCCUUUUCCAAUAGAUUUUGAAUGUGAUUUCUUUUAGACAUUUUAAUCAUAUUAAUCUUAAAUCACUUUAAGUUCUAUGUGAAA